UCAAUAGACAGCACUAAUUAUUCAAGCGGAGUAAAGAGAGGCAUAUAAGUACAAGGCAGGAGGGGGCGGACAAUCUUUUUUCAUCUUUGUAAAUCUUUUUUUUUUAUACUCAUCACUUCAUCCCUUCUCCUUCUCUUUUACUCUCUUUUACUUCAUUUCAUCAUUCUUUCUUUAUUAAUUAAUGAUUCAUUCAGAUACCAUCAAUAAGCAUAACCUGAGCAAAAUGAACAUCAAGGACCCAUCAUCCGAUGACACAGAACUUGACGAUAUGACUGUGUCACCUACAUCCACAUGGUGGAGUUCACGAAGAUCAUCGUUCUCAUCCAUGUCAUCCUACAGCAGUGAUCAUGUCAAAUCGAAUAAAUCUAGCAAAAAUAUAUCCGGAUUGGACGAAUGUGAGUUAUUGAAGCAAAGAAUAAAGCUGUAUGACUCAGUAUUUAAUACAAUGGCACAUGAGGUUGAUACAUUUCUUGCUCACCAUCAACAAAAACAGCAAUUAUUCAUUUCAUCAUCACCAUUAGACAUAAAAAAUCUACAAGAUUUGAAGGAAAUGGUCCUGGUUUUAAAAAACAGAGAAUCAAACGAUGAUCAAACAAUUACGACUCAGAUGCUAAAUUAUAUUGAAAAUUGUAUUAUUAUUAGUGCAACGCAGGACAAGCCAAAGGAUAACAAAAGACUGAUUGAUGCAAUAGACCGUCUGAGCAAAGACCUCAGCCAAGCCAAGAAGCAAAUCAAGAAACUGACACGACGUACGCACACAUUGACGGACCAAAAGAAUAGGAUGAUGCAGAGUUACCAAAAGAAGUUAGACAGGAAUACAGAUGACCGAAUAGAAGCCGAACAGCUGUUGGACGAGAUGCGAAAGGAGAUGGAAACCAUGCUGGAUGAACUUGAUCAGGUCAAACAGGAGCGCGACCAGUACCGUCAACAGUCUGUGCAACUCGAGAUCGAUCUUGAACAGAUGACAACAACAGGAGAUGACGCACAACAAGCCCUCCUUCGACACGCCAAGGCAAGAAUCGCCCAGCUAGAGCAGCAAUUAGAGGAUAACGAAAUUAAGAUGCAGCAGCUUAAACAUUCAUUCGAAACUAGCCGAAAGAACGUUGCCGAAACACAUCGCCUGCAGGUCGCAGCCCUCGCUUCCGAAAAGGAAGAACUUCGUAGCCGACUCGUUAAAGCAGAACAGGUCGCUGCAGAGCACGCUCGAUCACUCGAAAAACAUGAUGUUGCUUUGGAAGAGGCCCUUCGUCAAUCCGUGGCCGAGAAAGAAAGAGAGCUGGCUAGAAUCAAGGUAGAGUUGGAAAAGUCGCAAAGGCAUGUCGAUCAGAUGAAGACAUUUUAUGAUAAGCAGCUUGAACGAGAGCUAAAGGCGCGUGAGGACGAGCUGAAGGAACAAUACGACGUUCGGUUUCGGAAACAGGUCGAUACAUUCCAAUUGCAAGUAUCCAGAGAAGUCAGAGACAUAACAAGUAAGGUCGUCGAGCUCGAAGUUGAACUUGAAAGUAUGGAACGUCAGCACGCGGUAGACGUAAAGUCGCUCGAGAUUAUGCGGCAGGCACAGAUCAAGUCGGAUGAAGCUCUUCAGAACAAGGUUGGUAGCUGGAAGAUGACAGAAAGUGCAUUUGAAGAAAAGAUUGCGUCCUUGGAAGGCAGAAUUAUCAGUCUCGAACAGGAGGUACUGCUGCUGUACAGUAAGAAUCUUGAAAUGGCUCAGCAACUAGGUGAACUAGAACCUUGAUAUAUAUAAUAUAUACCACUAUAUAAUAUUUAUAAUAAUAGUAAUUGUAUACCACAUACUACAUCAGUAUAUAUUUAAUAUAAAUAAAA